CCUCACUGUUUCUCUCUCAAAUUCCAAGCAAAACACAACAACACAAUCUCUGUGAUUUCACUCUGUUUUCUGCAAUGGCCAACGACGACGCCGGCGCGAUGACGACGAGAACAUCGAUCAUGGAGUGGAAGCAGAUGCACCCACUCCACCAAAUCGCAGAAACCCCCACCCACAAGCUCCUCCUCAAGCAAUGGCUAAAGGAAGAAGAAUUAAUCCAUGGCCGCAUCGCGCUGAAAGAAACGCAGAUCGAUUCGAUCCGCAAAGAGAUCACCAUGCUCUACAUCUUCUUCUUCCUCUUUCACUCCACAACCCUUAUGCUACUCUUCAACAAUUCAUCUUCCUCAACGACUUCAAGGGCGUGUCACAGGUCUUGGGUCCCGUCGCUGUGCUCGCUGCUGUUCUCGCUGGGUUCGAUUUGGGCGGUGCGGUACAAGAGCGACGUGGAGGCUCACAUGGAGAAGAUGCUGAGGAGGGAGAAGGAGGAUAAGGGGAUGUUGGGGAAGUGUGUGGAGGAAUUGAAGAAGAAAGGGUUGGAGUUUGAUUUGUUGAAGGAGGUUGAUGCUUUGAGGAGGGCUAAGAGUUUGAAGGUUGUUGAGGUCAAAGAGGUUAGGAAAUGGUCUUCUAGGGAUUUUGUUUCUCUGUUCUUCUUCUCCAUGGCUUGUUUGUCACUUGCUGUUACAAGGGUCAUCUUGUGCAGUUAGGGUUUGAUUUUCUGGGUUUGGGGGUGAAGGGUGAAAAGGGGGUUUCUAUAAUUAGAUUGUUGGAUGGGUAUUGGGUUCUAUGGUGCAGAAUGUACUGUUCUGCUGUUUAGUUUUUUUGUGAUUUUUUUUUUUGAAAACUGGAGUUUUUUUGUGAUUUGGAAAAUACUAUGUUGAAUUCAAGGAAUAAGAUUAUAGUUUCUUUUCAAUUUGAAGAUGUGUUUUGAUUUUAUGCUUACAUUUUGAUUUUUUUGGCUUGAUUUAAGUUAAAGUGAUUGGCAUAAGCAGUGAAUUUGGUGAUUAUAAGCUUUAAUGUUUGUAGUGGUAUAUUGUGUUGUGCACUUUAUGUUAUGUAACUUGAUCUAUGAUAUUAAGCUUUCAAAUUGUUGUCUACAAACAA